AUCUUCUUCUUCUUCUCUCUCUCGUGAAUAUUUUCUUUUCCUUUACCAACAAAAAAAAAAAAGAACUUUGAUUCUCUUAGCAGGAAAGAGACACACGAUAAACCGAUUAAUAAGCAAUUUUCUAUUUUCUCAACAAAAUCUUUUCAAAAAAAUCCACUUUUGGUUCUUUUCCAUUAGAUUCUGAUUCUCCACUGCUGCAAUCAUUUCACCGUUUUCCUCUGCAUGCUCUUCGCCUCCCUAAAACCUAAACUCGUUUGCAAAAAUGGCGAUUUUGGAUUCUGGAGGAGGCGUCGUCUCUAUGCAUACAGAGAACGGUGUUGCGGAUCUCGACACGCUUCGUCGACGUAAACCGAGAUCGGAUUCUUCUAACGGUCACCUUUCCGAUUCCGUAACUGUCCCCGAUACUUCCCCGUCAGAUGAUGUCGGAGCUCCGGCCGACGUGAGGGAUCGGGUUGAUUCCGCUCAGGGAAGAGAGAAUUUGGCCGGAGGUAACGAAAGUAGGGAAUCCGGAGGAGGAGAUGGGAGGUUCACGUAUAGGCCUUCGGUGCCAGCUCAUCGGAGGACGAGGGAGAGUCCACUCAGCUCUGACGCUAUCUUCAAACAGAGCCAUGCAGGAUUGUUCAACCUCUGUGUUGUUGUUCUUGUUGCUGUUAACAGUAGACUCAUCAUCGAAAAUCUCAUGAAGUAUGGUUGGUUGAUCAGAACUGAUUUCUGGUUUAGUUCUACAUCCCUGCGAGAUUGGCCGCUUUUCAUGUGUUGUCUAUCCCUUUCAGUCUUUCCGUUGGCUGCCUUUACCGUUGAGAAAUUGGUGCUCCAGAAAUGCAUAUCUGAACCUGUUUCAAUCAUUCUUCAUGUUAUUAUAACCAUGACAGAGGUCUUGUAUCCAGUCUACGUCACCCUAAGGUGUGAUUCCGCCUUCUUGUCAGGUGUCACGUUGAUGCUACUCACUUGCAUUGUGUGGCUGAAGUUGGUUUCUUACGCUCAUACCAGCUACGACUUAAGAACCGUGGCCAGGUCAGCUGAUAAGGUCGAUCCUGAAGUCUCCUACUAUGUUAGCUUGAAGAGCUUGGCGUAUUUCAUGGUUGCUCCCACUUUGUGUUAUCAGCCUAGCUAUCCUCGUUCUCCAUGUAUCCGGAAGGGUUGGGUGGCUCGUCAAUUUGCAAAACUGGUCAUAUUCACUGGACUCAUGGGUUUUAUAAUAGAGCAAUAUAUAAAUCCUAUUGUUAGGAACUCAAAGCAUCCUUUGAAAGGGGAUCUUCUAUAUGCUAUUGAAAGAGUGUUGAAGCUUUCAGUUCCAAACCUAUAUGUGUGGCUCUGCAUGUUCUACUGCUUCUUCCACCUUUGGUUAAACAUAUUGGCAGAGCUGCUCUGCUUUGGGGACCGUGAGUUCUACAAAGAUUGGUGGAAUGCAAAAAGCGUAGGAGAUUACUGGAAAAUGUGGAAUAUGCCUGUUCACAAAUGGAUGGUUCGACAUGUAUACUUUCCGUGCCUGCGCGUAAAGAUACCGAAAGUACCCGCCAUUAUAAUUGCUUUCUUAGUCUCUGCAGUCUUUCAUGAGUUAUGCAUCGCGGUUCCUUGCCGUCUCUUUAAUCUAUGGGCUUUCAUUGGAAUUAUGUUUCAGGUGCCUUUGGUCUUUAUCACAAACUAUCUACAAGAAAGGUUUGGCUCCAUGGUGGGAAACAUGAUCUUCUGGUUCAGCUUCUGCAUUUUCGGACAACCUAUGUGUGUGCUUCUUUAUUACCAUGACCUGAUGAACCGCAAAGGAUCCAUGUCCUAA